AGGUCUUCAUCCCCUCCACGCAACCCCUCCCAUCCGCAAUUUACAUGUCAAGAUAGCGCCUGCUCUGUCUUUACCCUUCGCCCAUCAGAAACCCUAGCACCGUCGCACUGCGGCCGUUCCUCCAUCACGACGACGCCGUUUCCUCUUCGUCUUCUCCUUCAGAAUCACUCAGAUUGCGCUGCUUUGCUCCUCAUCUUCCCCAAAUCCUUAAUUUUGAUCCCGAUCGGUUUCUCCUAACCUUAUUUCUGUCUUACAAAUUACUAUUGAAGGCUGUGAAGCAAUGGAAGCAAUUGAAGCGAUUAGCAAGCCGAUCUUUGAUUUCUUGAUUGCACCGUGGGUUACGGAGCUGUCCUUUUGAGGAUUGAGGAAGGAUUUGAAAAUUAUCUUUGAUGGGUUGGCUUCUAACAAUGGUUGGAGCUAGAGUUCUGUCUUAAUUUUGUUUUCGAGCUUUUGGAUUCAGACUUGCUGAUAGUUAUUGGUCUAGUAGACAGAAAUGGACCCAAAGAUCGCAAAGGCAUUGGAUAGUGGUCGUAGAGUUCUGCUCGACUUAAAGAGAAAGCGGGCAACUCGGUAUGCUGCAAAUUGUCCUGGAGCUACCCACAGAGCGUUACCACAGAGGCCGAACUUGAAUAAGCUUGGCAAGCGAAGGAAAUUGCAUGGAAGCAAAAGCAAGCUCAUGAGCUGUGGACCUCGUUUUAGACGAUCCUUGCUUGCAUCUUAUUCAAAUUUUGCAAGGAGCAGUGUGCCACAGCGUCUGAUGUUUUAUCAGAAUGGUGAAUGGACUGAUUUUCCUCGGGAUCUUGUUGACUUGGUUAGGAAAGAUCUACAGGUGAAGAAGGCAGCUAUGAACAUCAAAUCACAAGGUGAACAUUAUUUGCUAGAUUUUUUGCAUAUGUUCCGUUUGGACUUGAAGACUGGCCUACAGCAACCUAUUGCUUGGAUUGAUGAAACUGGUAGUUGUUUCUUUCCUGAAAUUUAUGCUGAGGAGGAUGAUGAGCCAAGUUGGAACUGCCUACCUGAAGGUGUGAAAGAUCUGGAACCCUGGGUUGAAGAUCAUUGUGGGUCGCAUGAGAUUAGACUGCACCUGGAAAUUGAAAUAAAUGGAGUGGGUCAAUCUGGGUUGAAUGAAUGUAGUGGGGAGUCAAAUGGUUUUGUAAAGAAAAUUCAGAUUGAUCACAUACCUGCCAAUAAUUGUGCUGGUAUGGAAGUUGAAAAUAGUUGCAACAGGAAACAUGGUCUAAAAGUUGAUGAAGAUGUUGAGGGCAAUGAAGAGAUGAAGAAGAAUUUAACUAGAGCAACUGACACUGAAAAUGGAAAGUUGGAUUGUGAUAUGGUGCAAAAUAUAUUUCUGAAAGGAGUGAGCACCUUUGAUGGUGUAGAAGUACUUGAUAUAUACCAAUGCUCAAGUAAUCUGAUGCAAGCUCGUUUGGAACUUUUUCAGAAGCAGGUAGAAAUUACUAAAGCAUUUCGUGGUGAUGCAAAUGUACGAUAUGCUUGGCUUUCUUCUUCAAAGGGAGAGCUUUCGACUAUAAUGAUGUAUGGGCUUGGUCAUUGUGGACUAGCGACAAACAAGUCCAUAUAUGGCACUGGUGUUCAUCUCACAGCAGCUAGCUUCUCUAACACCUGUGCAAGUUAUUGUGAUGUUGACGAAAACGGGGCACGACACAUGUUAUUCUGUCGUGUCAUAGUGGGAAAUAUGGAGUUACUUCACCCUGGAAGUAAACAAUUCCAUCCCGGUAGCAAGGACUUUGAUAGUGGAGUGGAUGAUCUUCAGGAUCCAAAACAUUACAUUGUCUGGAAUAUGAACAUGAAUACACACAUAUACCCAGAAUUUGUUGUAAGUUUCAAGGUCUCAUCGAAGAGUGAAGGGCAUUUGGUUGGGACUGAGAAUAAGCUUGGUGUUUCCGGGGUUGCGACAUCUUGCCAUGGACCUCAGGGCUUGAUGCAAUUGGAAUCAUCAGCAGUUGACACAGGGAGUGAAAAUCAGCCAAUUUCGGAUUCUGGGAAGUCUCAUGGAAGCAAUGGUCAAAUGGUUUCAAAGUCUGGGAGAUAUCAGGGGGAAACCACUGCUACUGGUUCUACUUCUGAAAGAACCCCUAAAUCCCCUUGGAUGCCUUUCCCUAUGUUAUUUGCUGCUAUUGAAAAUGAAGUUCCUCCCAAAGAUAUGGAACAAAUUAAUAUUCAUUAUGACUUAUUCAGGGCAAAAAAGAUCACCCGUGAUGAAUUUGUGAAAAAAUUGAGGUUGAUUGUGGGAGAUACUUUGUUGAGGUCUACGAUAACGGAGCUUCAAUGCAAGAUACCCUAUAAAAGCCAAGAGUGAACUGGAAGUGCCAAAGACAGGUCCACGCUUUCUCUAGUUGAUGGUAGCAUGCGCCUGUCUCUGAAUCUGGUAUAAUGCCUUCCCAUGAAGUUUCAUAUAUCUGAAAAUAAAGAUUGUUUGAAGCUCGCAUGGUAGUAAUGCGUCGACAUGAAGUAAAUGUUAUCAGGGACCUGGAUAAGGUUUGUAUUUUAGGAACUCGUUAGUAUUUUUUGGGUGAAGUUUAUCUAGGGUUUUAGCUGAAACAUGCUCACUAUAGUUACUUUUGCGAAGACUGGAUUGAUGUUUUUAAUGUGUAUUAUUGC